AUGUCUCAAUAUGAAGACCAGAACAAUAUGAUCGCUAUUCCCAAUUGGGGAGUUAUAAUCGAUGUUGGCAACCACAUCCUUGUCAUGAACCAGAAACAAAACAAAUGGGUCUUGAGAUCCGCUCUGAACUUCGCAAGUGAUGGAGAAAUAGUUAGAGAAGUAGGUAGAGAGUUCCAGAGAAAAGGACCAGAAAAAGCAAAAGCAGAUUUGGCAAAAGAGUGUUUAACACGAGUUAAGAAAAAGCGAGAAGAAGAAGACGAUCGUAAACCGGGGCGUUUAGGUGAAUACAGAGCAGAUAGAUGGUGCUUGACUGACAGUUCCUUUUUCUCCAACUUUCCACUGUGCAAUCAUCAGGAAAGACUGUCAGACGUGCCAUACUCAUGCCUCUGCUACACCGACUUUUGCAACGGUUGGCUAAUCAUUUGA